AUGGAUGGGACAUCUCAGAUUCCAGUUGGAGACACUCUUAUUUGGCGAGCCUAUGGCCAAUUCGUCAAAAGGUUGUUGCUUGGCCCCAACACCCCUAAAGAGGGCUUGGACUAUGUUUAUGUGUGCUCUCCCACAGAGCAUGGGCUCCGUGGGGGACGACCCAUUCCGGAUGCAGUGACCAACUCAAAUGUCUUCUCCGUUGCCGACUCUUUACAGAGGGCUGAUUCGCCUCUGUUUACGAUUCGCACGGACCUAAGUUACUUUGAGUCCCUCGAUAACUAUCUCAAGGCUGUGACAGUCAAGACUAUCACCCAGGAACAGAAGGCUGAGAUCAAACAAGCCAUUAAAGAGCAGAUUGAAGCCGAGGAACAGAGGAAUAUCGCAAAGGCUGCUGCUCUAGCAGCAUGGAAGAAUGAUCCCGACGCUCAGGCUAAUCAUAGGGCUUUUCACGACUGGGCUAUUGGCAAUGCUGAUUCGUACCUGGAGCUAGAGGAGCAGGUCACCCUGACUUCAGGCCAAGUGGAUCUACUCCAGAGCAAGUAUUACGGGGCGAUGGCAGGAACGCUCCGAGAAGAAAGGGAGAAGCUGGAAAAAUUGGCAGCGGAUACGAAGUAUAAUAUGCCAUGCUUCAUUCGUGACUACGCUAUUGACGAGGCGGCCCUCGAUGCAGAUCGCAGGGUAGAAGAUAUAGAUGGCCGCGAUCUUGUUUAUCAGCCCCUUUCCACUAUUGACGGAUACGAAUCAUCCUGCGACUCUGGGAUCAAGGGGACUGCUGGAGAUGAUACAAUUGUCACGCUGGACCUUACCUCGUCCAGAUAG